CUCUCCCAACCCCCGCCCCUCUUUCUCACAACCAUGGUCAAUCCAAUCCUCACCCACCUCAACUCCUUUACAGCGCGCAAGGGAGCCGAGAAUGAAUCGCACGGAAGCCACGAAGGGGCAGCAGAGUCGUCGAGCACGGGCACAAACGCGAGUGGGGCCCAUCACUUUCCCGGGAUGCGCAACGAUCUAAUUCUACGCGCAGCGAGGGGACAACAGACAGAGAGAGCCCCAGUGUGGGUCAUGCGACAGGCUGGACGAUAUCUUCCUGAGUUCCGCAAACUGCGCGAAUCCCACGACUUCUUCACGUGUUGUCGCACCCCUUCUCUCGCUACCGAAAUCACUCUCCAGCCCAUCCGCCGCUACUCCGGUCUCCUGGACGCAGCCAUCAUCUUCUCUGACAUUCUCGUGAUCCCACAAGCCAUGGGCCUAACAGUCGAGAUGCUCCCCUCCAAAGGCCCGCAUUUCCCUGCCCCACUCGAGACGCCCAAAGACGUCGCACGCCUGCACAAGCGCGUAGAUGUACACAAGGAGCUAGGCUACGUUUUCGACGCUAUCACAAUGACCCGCCGCGAGCUCGCGGGAGAGGUGCCCCUCAUAGGCUUCUGUGGCGCCCCCUGGACGCUGAUGGCAUACAUGAUCGAAGGUGGUGGGUCAAAAGGAUUCGAAAAAGCAAAAAGGUGGCUUUACGACUAUCCAGAGGAGAGCAAAGAGCUCCUCCAACGAAUCGCAGACGUGUGUGUAGACUUCCUCGUCGGACAGGUCAAAGCGGGAGCUCAACUCUUGCAAGUCUUCGACUCUUGGGCUGGAGAACUCUCCCCUGCGCAUUUCCGCACCUUCUCCCUGCCAUACCUCCGCUCCAUAGCAUCGAGCGUAAAGGAUCGCCUGGCCUGCUCCAGCACGCAAUGCGUCCCGAUGAUCUGUUUCGCCAAGGGGGCCCUAGGCCACUCCCUCUCCGACGUAGCAAAGGCAGGUUACGACGUCGUGGCGCUGGACUGGACCGUCGAGCCCGCCCAAGCCCGCAAGGUAGUCGACGCUGCCAUGCCUGGGUCUGCUCCCUCUAAAGGAGCGGGCGCCAACGAGGCGGGACAUCGUGUGGCUUUGCAGGGGAAUAUGGACCCUUCGGUGCUGUACGCGAGCAAAGAGGCCAUCGAGGUCGAGGUGGAGAAGAUGCUGCGUAGUAGAAAGGGUGGAUUCGGUGGUGAAGGGGCGUACAUUGCAAAUUUGGGACAUGGGAUCACCCCCGGGGUGGACCCGGAGCAUCUGAGGGCUUAUCUCAAGGCGAUUCAUCGCUACUCGAGGGAGAUUAAUGCUGAGCGCGGCGACGACUAGGCGUACAGGCGCCACGACGUGAAAUGAAUGGCAUCCGUUUGAGCGCGGGGGCGUGCGUGAAUGAAUGCCAUCCAUUCGAGCGCGCGGCCGUGAAUAACAUCCGUUUGACUC